AUGUCGAGCCACACUUGUUUUGUCGCUGGGCCGGCUCCCUUCUCCUUGACGAGCAGACUAACGCUUCAGCGCGGCCUCGAUUCUAUCUGCAGAAGACGUACUACGUUUGCAGUUCAAUAUCGAACGCGUAGGGCGCAUAUCUCAAUGGGAUUAUUUGGGCUGGGUUUCCCAGAAUUAGCUGUCAUUGCUACGGUCGGUGUCUUCAUAUUCGGACCAGGGAAGAUUGCCGAGAUGGGGAAAGAUCUCGGGGGAAUUGCUGGUGGGGUGAAGAAGGCCACAUCUGAAUUCAAGGAUGCAAUGGAGGAAAGUUUGGAAGAAGCGGAUCGAGAGAUUGAACAAAAGAAACUUCAGAAGGAUGCCACGGUCGGCAAGACUGUUGAUGCCUCGGCGAAACCAGUCGACGAAUCUGUAGAACAAACUAACACGUAG